UCCACACUUUGUCGUGUUUGUUAAAAGUUUCCCUUAUCUUCAAAACGGUGCUGGCAGUCUUUUAAAUCUGAUCGAAAAGGGUUUCACACGUUAACCUGGGCAAUUAGCUGGAAUAAAAUUGUGGUGACAAUGACGGCCUCAAACAUCGGAAACGUCUCUGAGAAAAAUUCUAAUCCUAAAGAAGAACGCAAGCUCAGAAAACCUCUGAUUGAGAAGAAACGCAGAGAGAGAAUAAACUGCAGCCUUGAGCAACUUAAGGGCAUCAUGGUUGAUGCUUACAACUUGGAUCAAUCCAAGCUGGAGAAGGCAGACGUCCUGGAGAUCACCGUACAGCACAUGGAGGGCAUGCAGCGAGGCCUCGUCUCAGGAGGUUCCAGCUCCACCAUCAACUUCGAGUCGCGUCAGCGCUACAGCAGCGGCUACAUCCAGUGCAUGCAGGAGGUCCACAACCUGCUACUCAGCUGCCCCGGCAUGGACAAGACGCUGGGAGCUCGGCUUCUCAACCACCUGCUUAAGUCUCUGCCCCACAUCAGUGGCGAGAACGCAGCCACAGCAGCCGGCAGCGGUGGCAACUCUGGCCCCAACAUCAGCAGCGGCAGCCGAAGCAGCAGUCCCCACUCUCCACUCUCCCCAGCCCCAGCCCCAGCCCCAGCCCCCGCCACCCCUGCUCCCCUUCCACUGAAUGAGGGGGGGCGGAUUGGUGGUCCUGGGAGGAGGGAGGAACCUCCCACUUCCAGCUCCCCGUCGACACUCUCCUCCCUCUCCUCCUCCUCCCCCAGCCCCCAGCCUACAGGAGGACACGCUCUCCCGCAUGGCCUUGCCCUGCCCCCACUCUUUCCAGCGGGGGACCCCUCCAUGUGGAGGCCAUGGUGA